GUAUUACGUCAAUUGAAUAAACGGAAUGACGUAGCGACCUCUACGCACUCACCGUGUCCUUGCUCAACUGACUGGGAAACCCCUAGUGUGGAGCUGCCAACGCCCGGUGUAGAAGCUAAAAUUGAGAAUACGGUCUUGAAUGAGCCAGGUAGACUGUAAAACCCAGCUAUGCAGACCAUCAAGUGUGUUGUAGUCGGGGACGGUGCUGUGGGUAAAACCUGCUUGCUCAUCUCUUACACUACGAACAAGUUCCCCUCUGAAUAUGUACCUACGGUGUUUGACAACUAUGCUGUAACUGUAAUGAUUGGAGGUGAACCCUAUACCUUGGGCUUGUUUGAUACAGCAGGUCAAGAAGACUACGACAGAUUACGUCCCUUGAGUUAUCCCCAGACAGACGUGUUCCUCGUCUGUUUUUCAGUCGUGUCCCCUUCCUCCUUUGAAAAUGUCAAAGAAAAGUGGGUUCCUGAGAUCACCCACCACUGUCCAAAGACGCCCUUCCUUCUAGUUGGGACACAAAUCGACUUGCGGGAUGAUCCCUCAACCAUAGAGAAACUGGCCAAGAACAAGCAAAAGCCCAUCACUCCAGAGACGGCAGAGAAGCUGGCGAGGGACCUAAAGGCGGUUAAAUAUGUCGAAUGCUCAGCCCUCACACAGCGAGGACUGAAGAAUGUUUUUGAUGAAGCUAUCCUAGCUGCCCUAGAGCCACCUGAGACGCAAAGAAACAGGAAAUGCUGUAUAUUUUAAUCUUUCUGUUCCACUGCUCUCGUCUCUUCUGGUUGCCGCUAUGUUCGUCCUCUCUACAUUCCAUAUCCCGUCUUCUUUCUUUUCCAUUUUAUGAAAUGUAUAAAUCUGCUAGAGAGGUCUCGUCAUUCUCUGAGGGUGCAGUUUUACUGAUGUUUUCUUGGUGUGAUGGAGUCCCUUUUAGCCCUGUGUUUGUGUUUGUCACGUAGGGCUUUGCUUCAUCUAGAUCUAACUAAUGUCAGAAGGAUGAAGGCUUGUUGACCCAAAGUAGAACAGGAAGCAUAGUUUCCAUCGUUAAUGGAGGCGCACCGAGAACCAUGGUGGUGACUGUAUUUUUAACAUUUUCAGCUUGGGCCUGACUCAUAAUCAGACCGGAUCUCUUUCAGAUUAGUGAACUAAUGCUGCACAAUAUAUCACCAUCGCAAUACCAGUAGGUGCAAGAGUUAUAUCGCAAAGUACUGGAGUUCAAUAAUUGUUGGCUAAUCUAUUUAAAAGUCAUGAAUUAGCAUUUUUCAUGCUAAUGUAAUGUUAAGCCAGUUGGACAGAGGCUAACACCAACAAAUGCUCACUGAACACUGACGUUGGCCAAGAUGCUUAAAGUCACAGAGUGAUGGAGUAUAGAUGAGAACGAGAGGAAAGAAGAAGAUAGAAAAUCUUGCCAUGGUUAUAUUGAUUGUGAUAUAUGCCUAAGAUCAUGUAGCCCUCCAGUGAACCCACAAGACUUCCAUCCCACCAAGCGCAGCAACAGCUAAACUCUUCAGUGUGGAGGUUGUUACUGGGGGAAGAAGACUCAGCUUUAUUGGGUGUUAGUAAUGUUUCACAGGAAGUCAGGAAGGAUAAGAAUGUAGGGAACUAUUUAGGGGAAAACGGGCUUGUCUGAGAAAGUCUCAUUCAGUUUUAUAACAGAUAACAGGAGGGCUGAACGAAAUGCAGCAAAGCUGCUCGCUUUCAUAUCUUUCAACCUCCAACUUGAACAUUUAUUGGAUUUGGAAACAUUGAAAGCUUUUAGGAAAUGUUAGUUAAUGGCAGGAUCCACCUUCUUUCCAGUGCAACCAUGGAGCGUUGUCUAUACACACUUCCCACACGCCUGAAGUGGAAGCGAUUCAUCCCUCUAAACUGCCAUGUUGGUAGGCAACCGCGAUCAUCAUGGCUUCCAGACAACCAGGAAGUAAAUUGAGACUCUUGACCAGUGUGCAAAAGAAAGUUGCAGCCAUACAACCAGUGUUUUAUGGGCUCAGCUAAGGACGUCCGAACUCUUCCUGUUAAUAACACAGUUCUGGUGACUGGCAGAGUGAGUAAUUACAAAAACACACGUACAUGUCCCUGCUAGUUGCAGAUACAGGCUACAGUAGCUAAGCUCAUUUGGCUAGUGCUGCAGUAAAUAUCACAGAUAUUCCCCUCAGUAUAGUAUACUCAUUGUGUAUAUAUAAAGCGGAGGAGCGAGAGUUCACCAUGAGGAAGUUUAGCAUAGCGUAGCUAAGGUAACCACAGCAGAGACUCAUUAAAUCAUGAAGAAAAUAGUUACCGUAAUAAAGGUGCUUGGAGCAAAGUCCUGCUGUCUUCGAUGGCUAAAACUUGCAGUCGGUCCACUUGCAGUCUUUUAUACUUAUAGUGAAAACAGCGCUUUGCUGAACCGUCUGCUCGGUUAGAACAUCCUUUUACCCAACAGGAAAUAACUAUUGCAAGCUUUGUAAACAAAUGAAAAUAAAUACUCCUCUGUAGUCAAACUCACUCUGCCGUUUCUAAAGCGAUUCUACCUACCAACAUGGCGGCUAGCGACAGAAUGGCCGGAUGCAGGGUUGAUUUGCUGGGGGGAUGGGGGGGGAUUUUCCCCCCCUUCUGGUUGUGACGUCCCCCCCUCUGGUCAUUCGUGUUUUAUCCCUGG